UAAACAUGUGUGUAUUCAUGUGACGUUAGUUGGAGGUCAUCAACUUCAACACACAACAAUCAAAUAAUCAUUCCCUCCCCUCAAAAAUUAAAAAAUAAAUAAAAAAAAACCCAACAUUAUCCUCAUAAGCUCCAAAAUUAAGAAUUUUUAUCUAUUUCAUUUCAUUUUAUUUCAAAUAACCCAACGGUUAUAUAUUUAUACAAGAAAAAAAAAAAAAAAAAAUUGUGAAUAAUUUAAAAUAAUUGUUAUCGACAUAAAAAAAUUGUGUGUGUUGGAGAGAAAUACUUCAUAAACGUAUGAAGCAGUUAUUGGUCGAGUUGAAAAAAUAAACACAACAAAUAAAAUAUAUUAUUGUCCAUUAAAUAAUAAUAUAUAAAAAUUUAUUAUUUAAAAAUUCCAAUGUAACAUUGUCAUGGAAAGAAAAAAAAAUUAUUUAAAUUAGACGUAAUUUUGGAGCAGGUUGAAAGAAAACAACAACAAAAUUUUUAAACAACAAAAACAUGGUGUGUUUAUUUGUUUUUAUUUAAAGGUAAUUUCACUUUCAUUAUUUUUAUUAUUAUUAUUAUUAUAAAGUUAUGUUUUAAAAUAUAAAUAAUGUGUUUUGUAUUGUUGAAUUUAGUUGAAGGAUUAUUAUAAUUGAUAUCUAACCUUGAUUAAUAUAAAAAAAAAUAUUGAUAACUAUUAUAUAUAUUAUAAAUAAAAGGUUAAUAAUGACAUAAACAAAUGACGCAAUAGUCCAAAAGUGAUAAGGUGUUUAAAAAAUGAUAAAACGACAACGUGGUGGUCAUCAUAAAUAUCAUACAAUAGAAAAAAAAUGAAAUUAAUUAUUUAAUAAUGAUAAAUAAUUAUUGUAUGCUUAUGAAGUAUUUUAAAAAACCACGUAGAAAAAUAUUAACCUAGAUUUUUUUUUUUUUCAUUUUUUUUUAUCAGUUUGUUUUAUUUUUAGUUGAUGAUAAAAAAAAAUAAUAAUAAUCAUGAUGAUUAUAAAUUUUAAAAAUAUGUUUGAUAAAUAUAUUUUAUUACUGGCUGUUUUUGGAUGUGUUGCUGGUAAAACAAAUGUCGAGGAUCGGAGCACAGAAUUAAUACCAGAACAAGAUGAUCCACUUUUAUUAUUUUCAACAUUGAGUGGUUCAUUUUUUGGUGUUGGUCAAAGAAGUGGUGAUAUACGUUGGCGUCAAGAUAAUGAACCAGCAGUUAAAGUACCACAUGAUAUAACACAAACAUCAUCACCAAUGUUUCUACCAGAUCCAAAAGAUGGAUCAUUAUAUUUAUAUGGUGCUGAAUUUGAAGUAUUAAAAAAAUUACCAUUUACAAUACCACAACUUGUUGCAAGUAGUCCAUGUCGUAGUAGUGAUGGUAUAUUAUAUACUGGACGUAAAAUUGAUACAUGGUUUAGUAUUGAUCCAUUAACUGGUGAACGUGAACAGCUACUUGGUUUUGAAACAGCUGAUAGUACAUGUCCACUUGAUAUACAAAAUGCAAUAUUUGUUGGACGUACUGAAUAUAAUAUUAUAAUGGUUGAUAGUAAAAAAAAAGAACGUAAAUGGAAUGUUACAUUUUAUGAUUAUUCAGCAGCUAAAAUUGAUGAAACAAUUGAUGAUUAUGAUUUAGUACAUUUUACAACAAGUUCAACUGGACGUAUUGUAACACUUGAUAGAAGAUUAGGUAUAAUAUUAUGGGAACUUGAUCUUGAUAGUCCAAUAAUUGCUGUAUAUACAAUAAGUAAAGAUGGUUUAAUAACAGUACCAUUUACAAGUGUUGCUGAUGGUACACUUGAUAAUUUAUUAAAAAGAUUUACACUUAAACCAAGUGAUAUACAAUUAUUUCCAGCAUUAUAUAUUGGUGAACAUGUACAUGGUUUAUAUGCUUUACCAUCACUUGUUGAUUCAUCAACAGCAACAAUAACAAAUAAUGCUGGUUAUUUAAUGCUUGAGGGACCAAAUAUUGCUGCAUCAUCAACAAAAAAUAAUAAAUUUGAUAAUAAUAAUGGUGAUAAUGUUGUUGAUGUUAUUGAUGUUGAUGAUGAUGAUGACGACGAUAAUGAUAAUACCAAUAAUAAUAUUAAAAAUAAUAAGUCUAAAGACAACUUUAUUGUUCUUGGACAUUAUAAAGUACCAACAGAGUAUAAACCACAAAAUCAACCAUUAUUAAUAACUGGUAGAUCUGAUCCAAUAAUUCAAUCAUCUAUUGAUGUUGAUAAUAACAAUAAUAAUGUUGAUAAUAAUAAUAAUAAUAAUAAUAAAACUGAUAAAAUAAAAAUAAUUGUUAAUAAAAUAAAUGAUAAUAAUAAUGUUAAUGUUAAUGAUUAUAAAUCAUGGAAAAAAUUACUAUCAAAUAGUUAUUUAAAUAGUAAACGUUGGUUAAAUCAACAAGAAAAUAAAGGUUUAAAAUUUGCAUUAUUAAUUGCUGUUGGUUGUAUAAUAUCAUUAUUAUGGUAUUUUAAAAAUCAAUCAUAUGAAUCAAAAUAUUUACAGUUAUCACGUGAAAAUUCACGUACAAGUAGUAAUGGUAGUAAUUCACGUGGUUUUAUAAAUUUUCCAGAAGAAAUAAGUGAGGGUACAGUUAAAAUUGGUAAAAUAAUAUUUAAUAUGGAUGAAAUAUUGGGUAAAGGUUGUGAAGGUACAUUUGUAUAUAAAGGUGAAUUUGAUGGACGUUCUGUUGCUGUUAAACGUAUAUUACCAAGUUGUUUUGAUUUUGCUGAUCGUGAAGUUGCAUUGCUACGUGAAUCAGAUGCACAUGCAAAUGUUGUACGUUAUUAUUGUACAGAAGAUGAUAGAAUGUUUCGUUAUAUUGCACUUGAAUUAGCUGAAACAACAUUACAAGAUUAUGUUAUUGGUAAUUAUAAUCGUAAAACAAUAUCAGUUAAAAGUAUACUUGAACAAGCAACAUCUGGUUUAGCACAUUUACAUUCAUUGGAUAUUGUACAUCGUGAUAUUAAACCACAUAAUGUAUUGUUAUCAAUGCCAGGACCACGUGGUGAAGUACGUGCAAUGAUAUCAGAUUUUGGUUUAUGUAAAAAAUUACAAAGUGGAAAAAUGUCAUUUUCAAGAAGAUCUGGUGUAACUGGUACUGAUGGUUGGAUUGCACCCGAGAUGUUAAAUCAAGAAAGAACAACAUGUGCUGUUGAUAUAUUUUCACUUGGUUGUGUAUUUUAUUAUGUAUUAUCAAAUGGACAACAUCCAUUUGGUGAAUCAUUAAAACGUCAAGCAAAUAUAUUAAAUGAAACAUGUAAUUUAUCAUCACUUAAUAAUAUACAUGAAUAUGAUAAAGAACUUGCGCUGAUAUUAAUAAAAGCAAUGAUUGAUGGUGAUCCUAAAAAUCGUCCACCAGCAACUGCUGUUGAAAAAUUUCCAUUUUUUUGGAAUUCAGGAAGAAUAUUAAAUUUUUUUCAAGAUGUCAGUGAUAGAGUUGAAAAAGAUGAUCCAGAUAGUCCAGCAUUAAUGUCAUUAGAAAUGGGUGGUAAUAAAGUAACACGUUGUGAUUGGCGUGUAUGUAUUGAUCAUGAAGUUGCUAGUGAUCUUAGAAAAUACAGAAGUUAUAGAGGUGAAAGUGUUAGAGAUUUAUUACGUGCAUUGAGAAAUAAAAAACAUCAUUAUCGUGAAUUAUCAAUUGAAGCACAAGCAAGUCUUGGUAGUGUACCUGUUGAAUUUACAAAUUAUUGGCUAACAAGAUUUCCAUCUUUAUUAUCACACAGUUGGUGUGUCAUGCAAAAAUUUAGAAAUGAACCAACAUUACAAGAAUAUUAUCAUGAUAAUUAUGAAUUUACAACGUAUUUUGCAUAUGAUGAUAUUUUAAAUUUAUCAAUGGGCAAUCAAAAUGAUACAACUGAACAGCAAUCAUCACCAAAACGUUUUAGUAAUAAUAAUAAUAAUAAUAAUAAAACAACAACAAAUUGGAGAUACAGAGAACCAGUUGAUUGGAGUCCAAAUCGUUCAAGAUUUCGUGGUAACAGAAAAAAACCACAUGAAAAAAGAAAAACAGAAGGACAAGUCACCUGGACUCUCCCACCAGCUAGUUGAAUUAUUAUUUUUUUUUUAACUUCCAAAUGUUUUUUUAAAUAUUACUUUAUUUUGUUUAUCAUAAGACGAAAAAAAAGAAUAAUCUUUUUCAUUUAAAAAUUAAAUUUAAGUAUUUGUUAUCUUGACGUUGUUAAAUUUUUUU